AUGCCUUUCGGCGAAGUCGUCUGCGGCGCCCCUGGCAGCGGAAAGUCGACCUACUGCCACGGGAAACACCAGCUGUUCACGGCGCUCGAGCGGCCCAUCGCCGUCGUCAACCUCGACCCCGCCAACGAGCGCAUCCCGUACCCGUGCGCGCUCGACGUCGCCGACCUCAUCACGCUCCAGGACGCGAUGGACGCGCACGGGCUCGGGCCGAACGGCGCGAUGCUGUACUGCAUGGAGUACCUCGAGGCCAACCUGGACUGGCUCGAGGACGGCCUGCGCGCGCUCGGGAAGGACGCCUACGUCCUGUUCGACCUCCCGGGCCAGGUCGAGCUCAGCACGAACCACGAGAGCGUGAAGCGCAUCGUGAGCCGGCUGUCCAAGGUCGGGUUCAGGUUGGCCGCCGUCCACCUCUGCGACGCGCACUACAUCACCGACGCGUCCAAGUACAUCUCCGUUCUGCUGCUCUCCCUGCGCGCGAUGCUGCACCUCGAGCUCCCGCACAUCAACGUGCUCUCGAAGGUCGACUUGAUCACCCAGUACGGCGACCUAGACUUCAACCUCGACUUCUACACCGAAGUCCAAGACCUCUCCCACCUCGAAACCGCGCUCUCCUCUCAAACGCCGCGCUACAAGGCGCUCAACAUGGCCAUCUGCUCGCUCAUCGAGGACUACGGCCUCGUCGGCUUCGAGACGCUCGCCGUCGAGGACAAGCACUCGAUGCUCAACCUCACCCGCGCCAUCGACCGCGCGACGGGCUACGUCUUCCUCCCUCCGCCUGCGACGCCGCAACCGCCCGGGACGACCGACACCUCGCAUCUCCCCGCGUCGCAGCGGCCGAACCUCUACGCGCUACACACGUCCGCCGCCGGUCCGCUCACCGGUCCGAGGAGCGACGUGCGCGACGUGCAGGAACGCUGGAUCGACGCGCGCGAGGAGUGGGACGCGUGGGAGCGCAAGGAGUGGCGCAAGGAGGGCGAGGCCGUGCGGGCGCAGCGGGAGGCGGAGGCGAAGAAAGAGGCGGAGGCGGAAGCGGAGGCGAAGAGUGGCGGUACCGUUAGGAGCGGGAUACGGGAGAGGUAG